AUGACAGUCUCUUAUAGAAAGAAAGUGAAAACUCGAAAGAGCGUUUUCGGUCUUUGGCAUCAGACCAGAGCCGCCACCUACAGCAACAAAUUUUCUGCUUUUCCCGAUUCUCCCAUAUCUGAUACCAGCCCUGCUUCUGAGCCUAUCAUCACUGCCGAACCGAGCAAAGACCGACUCAGAAUCCGACUGACGCGCAGUGGCUCCAAACUCUUAUUGUUACUGGGGCGGCUGGGAAGUUCCGCGAAUAGCAACAAGACCAGUGCGGAAUCUGGCUCAUGCGAAGACCCUCAGGUUUCAGAGCAGCGAAGCCCACCUCUUCACACAGCAGAACGCGACCCUGUCUAUAUUAACAUCAAUUAUUCGCCAGAAUGUGCAUCACCAAUCACUCAUUCAGUCCAUGUUGAGCCCCAGAUCGUCAGUCGUCGGUCCUGCUCGACAGUGCUUCCAUCGCCUGCGAGCGAGAGGGCCGAGCUCCAAGAGGUGGUUCAGCAGAACGACGACGGUGAUGACAAUGGAUAUAUAGUAACCAGUGACCAGCAAAGCAUCCCGAGUCCCAGAUUGGUCAACCGACUCUCCCAGAAAAUUUCCACGACAUUUGGAAAUCCCACGGUGAUUCAGCGUACACACUGUCGUUCGAGACCGGCUAUUCCUUUCCCUGAGUCCCCGAUCUACCCCGAACUACACAGUAAGCAAGGAGAUGGGGCAAACGAUAGCUCAAGCCCUUCAACAGCACCUAGCAGCAAUGGUUUCCAGCUUGGCCAUUCUACUCCUCUCACUCCAGCCACGUCGGCCGAGCCGCCACCUCCGAAGGGGCACCCCGAGGUUCCAGUGUCUGAUUUAGCUCCUAUGUCAGACAGUGUCUCCAAUUCUGUCGCUCUUCAAACUACCCCAGGAACGAGGCCUCAUACUGUUGUGCCAUCCAUUGCGACUGUGGAAGCAGCCUCUGUGGCUAAGGUAUUCCUGGAACUCUACUUCAACUCCAUCUACCAAAAUAGUGAUCCACGCUCACAACGCCAGCAUGAACUCGAGCGACGUAUGUACACAUUCCGUCUUGCACCAGAUGAGCAAUUCGCAGCAAGAUGCAAUUGGUUACUGCAGGAGAAUGAGUACUUACGCCAAUGUCGGGUUCUCAAAACCGGCAUCCGAAGUACACCAGGUGAAAAUGCAAUCUCGGCGGCUGGCUAUGAUGCCAUCAAGGUUCUUGGGAAGGGCAGUUUUGGUGUAGUCCGGUUGGUUCGUGAAAAAAGGAGUAAGAAGCUCAUUCGCCAAGAGGAUUUUUCCAUUCAGGAUGGGGGUCCCAACGCCCGGGGCCAUCCUCUUGAUGUGUUGAAGUCUGCUGUCGAUGGAACCAAACACGGCCGCCGAAGAUACAUAGCUGGUGAAGCCAAGGACGUUUAUGCCAUGAAGGUGAUCAAGAAGUCCGACAUGAUUCGCAAUUCGCAAGAAGGUCACAUCCGAGCUGAGAGAGAUUUUCUUGUUGCAUCUGAGAGAUCUCGCUGGGUCGUUCCAUUGAUCGCGAGUUUUCAGGAUAAAAACCAUUUGUAUCUUGUCAUGGAUUACAUGGUCGGUGGAGACUUUUUGGGCUUGUUGAUUCGAAAAGAUGUACUCCGUGAGGAUCUGACAAGAUUCUAUAUUGCCGAGAUGAUCAUGUGCAUCGAGGAAGCUCAUCGACUUUUCUGGAUUCAUCGUGAUGUCAAGCCCGACAAUUUUCUCGUUUCGGCCUCUGGUCAUUUGAAGAUCUCCGAUUUUGGCCUAGCUUUCAAUGGUCAUUGGUCGCAUGAUCAGUCCUACUACCACAGUCAUCGUUAUUCUUUACUCGAGAAACUUGGCAUCGCGGUUGUCGGCGAUGCUGAAGAUCAAAAGAUCGCGACGGAACAUCGAGGGAAUGCAAAGAUUGCUUCCGAUCCACAGAGUCUGCUGGAUUAUUACAAUUACCGUGUGCCCACCACGGAUGUACUGGGCUGGCGCGAUAGAAAAGAGAGGCGGCGAUUUGCCAAGAGCGUUGUCGGAACUAGUCAGUAUAUGGCUCCUGAGGUCAUCCGAGGCGAGAUGUAUGAUGGACGGUGCGACUGGUGGAGCCUAGGCAUUAUUUUAUACGAGUGUUUGUUUGGUUUCACCCCUUUCGCCUGUGAAAAUCGCCAUGACACAAAGAUCAAGAUCCUGCAACAUUCAAAAACUCUACAGUUUCCUAGGGAAAAGCCCAGCGACAAGAUGGUGUCUCAGGAGGCCAUCAAUCUCAUUAGCCGAAUCCUCCAAGAGCGUCAUCACCGGUUAUGUUCUCGGGAGUAUCAAGCCAACGACAUGCUAGCAGGCCGCCCCGUAACGGCACAAUUUCUUUACUCUAUGGACCCUCGGUAUAGAUCUAUCACGAGCUACUUCGUCUACCCCAAUGAUGCCGCCGAUAUUAAGGCCCAUCCUUUCUUCAGGGGCAUUCGAUGGAAUGAACUCCACGUGAUGCAGCCACCGCUGGUACCCAAGGUCAAAAACUGGGAGGAUACCAGAUAUUUUGACGAUUGGAAGAACAUUGCUAAUAUCGAUGAUGGCUCCCACAAAAGUGACUCGGAAGACCCCGAUGAAGAUCACGACGAAAAGCCAAGUUCUGUCGCAGAGCCUCCCCGCUCUCGAACAGGUUCUGUUCCCGAAGAGCCUGUGCCAGAAGAAGUUGCCGCUGCGGAAGCUGAAAUGAUUGCCAAGAAAGCCCAAGAUGCCGAGAGACGAAGGGAGAAAAAGCGCCCUCGUGAUAAGAUCCUGAGAGACAAGCAGAUUGGCAAGGCUGCUUUGGAGAUACGCAAAAAGGGUGCUUUCUUGGGCUAUACAUAUCGGCGACCAAAGGGGCCCUGUAUGGCUCUGAAUGCUGAUCGGGGACGCCAAACUUUCGUCAGGGGGAACUUGGGAGAGCUUUAUGGUCUGUGA